CAAAAUUAAUUAAUAUAUGAAAAAUAAUACAUAAAUAACAUAAUAAAUUAAACAUAUAAUUAAAAGUCAGAAAUAUUGUUUUUAGGUUGUAAGAAAUUCUAUUAAUCGAAAUCUGUAAAAAAAAUUUUGCGGCAUUCACUGGUGUUUUUUAACCGCAAUAAAACAAGUGGAAGUUUCGUUGAUAAGAGCAAAGUUCAUUCUAAUUGCUAGAAAUAACUUUAUUAGUUAACAGAAAAAAUAAAAUUAUCUUCCUUAAGCUUUUAAUAUUCCUUCUUAGUUUUAAUAUAGUAAACAAAGAAAUGGCUCUGAUUCCGGCUGUGACCCGACUCACUUCCUCUGUCAUAAGGAUCCUGGGCUGCAAUCCCAGUCCCAUGACGCUUCAAGGUACAAACACCUACCUUUUGGGGAGCGGAAAGAGGAGAAUACUGAUCGACACCGGCGAUGAGGACGUGCCUCAGUACAUUGCGCACCUAGGAGACGUACUGCAGGAGGAAAAGGCCUCCAUAGACACCAUCCUGCUGACUCACUGGCACCACGAUCAUGUCGGCGGCGUCAAGAGCAUUCUUGGCACCAAAUUGGCCGACAAGGAUUGCCGGGUAUUCAAGUUCGGUCGCACAGAUGCUAAAGACGAGUGUCCCGAGAUCCCGUCGCAUAUCAAACUCCAUCCACUUGUCCACAACCAGGAGUUUUCUACUGAAGGAGCAAAUGUCAAGGUGGUACACACGCCUGGCCACACUACUGACCAUGUGGUUCUAGCAAUGAACGAAGGAACGCUUUUCAGCGGAGAUUGCAUCUUGGGAGAAGGUACCGCUGUCUUCGAGGACCUGUUUGAGUACAUGAAGAGUCUGGAUAAGAUAUUGGACAUCAAGCCACAGCGCAUCUUUCCGGGUCACGGCAAUGUUAUUGAGGAACCGAUUGGGAAGAUUGAGUACUACAUAGCUCAUCGCAAUCAGCGCGAACAGCAAAUCCUGCAGUUCUUCGUCCAGCGACCCAGCGAACGCUGGCAGGCGAUGGAUGUAGUCAAGGUGGUCUAUAAGGAGACUCCGGAAAAUCUCUGGCCUGCCGCCGCCUACAAUGUGAACCACCACCUCAGCAAGCUGGAGAAGGAGGGAAAACUGCGGCUUAUCAAGUCCGAGGAUGAAGAUUUCUAUGUCUUCCAGCCAACAAGUGCGCUCUAGGUUGAUUUGCUUGCUUACAGUUUCAUGUCCCUAACAAUGUAAAUAACUAAUUCUUGUUUGUUAACAAUCGUUUAUAAAAAAGAUAUACUCAGAUAUUUUAUAUUAAUUAACAUUCUAUGGUGCAAGAAGAAUCCAUCGUGCCAUAGUUGCAUAGUUGUGGUAUGACCAUCGGAUAGCUACCUUUCUUAGUUCAAUCAAUUAAUAUGUAAAUAUUGUAAAUAUACAGAUACAUUUUA